AUGGAGGAAAUGGAAACUGAAAUUGCUUGCAUUCGUCUUGGGAGUACCCAUGUCAUUGCUGUUACUUCUCCUGAGCUUGCUUGCCACUUCUUAAAGGAGCAAGACUCUCUUUUCUCGUCGAGGCGUAUUUGCAUGUCUGCCACCCUCAUUAGCAAUGGCUACUUGACCUCAGUUUUUCUCCCUAUGGGUGAUCAAUGGAUGAAAAUGAGAAGAUUUCUUGCUUCCCAUGUCCUCUUACAAUCAUCUCAUCUAUGGCUUCGUCAUAAAAGGGAUGAAGAAGCUGACCACCUUCUUCGAUUUGUAUAUAAUCAAUAUUGCAGUAGCAACGAACCUGUUACUAUUAACUUGAGGAAAGUGACCAGAUAUUACUGUGCAAAUGUUGUUAAGAAUAUGAUUUUCAGCAAGAGAUUACUAGGAAAAAGAAUAAUGAAAAAAAAUGAAGGACCAAGUGUAGAAGAAGAAGCCGAAGAGCAAGUUGAAGCAGUCUUCACGCUUCUUGAUUAUCUCUAUUCUCUUAGUAUUUCAGAAUAUUUGCCAUGGUUAAGUGGAUUUGAUUUAGAUGGUCACAAGGCAAUUAUCAAGAAAGCCUAUGCCAAAGCAACAAAACUGAUUGAUCAUGAAAUUGAUCAGAGGCUUCAAAUUUGGAAAGAUAGCAACAAAGCUCAUGUGAAAGAAGACAUCCUUGAUGUUCUCAUCAGGCUCAAAGAUACCAAUGGAAAUCCAUUGAUGAGUGUUAAAGAGAUUAAGGCGCAAGUCCUUGAACUCAUGCUUGCAACGGUAGAUAAUCCCUCAAAUGCAGUUGAAUGUGCAAUCAAAGAAAUGUUGAACAAACCACAGAUAAUGCAAAGGGCCUUAGAAGAGAUUGACACUGUCGUUGGGAGAAAUAGAUUGGUUCAAGAAUCUGACUUGCCACAGCUAAAUUAUGUCAAAGCUUGCCUUAGAGAGGCCUUUCGACUCCACCCCUUGAUGCCUUUUAACGUGCCUCAUGUGUCUGUUUCUGAUACUAUUGUGGGUGAAUACUUCAUUCACAAAGGGAGUGUAGUGCUAUUAAGUCGUCUUGGACUUGGUCGAAAUCCUAGGGUUUGGGAGGAUCCCAUGAAGUUCAAGCCAGAGCACCAUCUCAAGGAGGAAGGUGGUGAAGUAGUUCUCAAUGAUUCAGAGUUACACUUGUUUUCAUUUAGUAUUGGACGACGAGGUUGUCCUGGUGUGAAACUUGGUUCUACAAUUACUACCAUGUUACUUGCUAGGCUACUUCAAGGAUUUAAUUGGAACUUACCACCAAACUCUCCGGGCAAUGACUUCAUUGAGAAAUCGGGACGUAAUCUCUCGUGUACCGUGCCAUUUUUUGCUCAAGCAAAACCUCGAUUAUCGGAGGGCAUGUACUCUUAA